AUGGUUUCCCUGGUCAAGUCGCUCUGGUUGAAGGAUUCUCUGGAGCCUGUGAUCAGAUGUGUCCAGUCCCAGGGGCAACUGCAGGAGUCGGGCCCAGGGUUGGGGAAGCCCUCAAAGAUGAUGUCGCUCAGCUGUGCAGUCUCUGCCCCCAGGGGAGGGCCUGGAAUGGCUGGGACGUGGUUCCUACAGUGGAUCAUCGUGGAAUACCCACUAUGCCUCUCCACCCAGGACCACAUCUCCAUCACUGCUGACUCCUCCGAGAACCAGUUCUCCCUGCAGUUGGGGUCAGUGACCUCCAAGGACACUGCCUUGUAUUACUGUGCGAGAGACACAGUGAGAGGAACUCAGUGA